GAGAGAGAGAGAGAGAGAGAGAGAGAGAGAGAGGUGAAGGCAGAAUGCAUGCCUCAGCAGGAUCCAUUUAACAUCGAGGAGCCCAAUAAAGGUUGGGCAGAACCAACAGUAACACUGGCAUAUUAAGUAUGUUUGCGUGAGGUUGUGAAAGAGUGUGAGCAACUGACAAACAGGCCCAAGAGGAUCUCGGAGACUGUGUCAGUGACUGCGCGCAAGAAGGGCACUGGGGAUUUGCAGGUUGGAAAAAGACAGGUGAUGUUAUGCUGGGGUGAGGGAGUUCGCGGAGGGGGCAGUGGGUGGAGCGUGUCCUCCCAGGGCAGACCCAGCACCCUCCCCCGCUGGGCCAUCGCCCGCAUUCCCAGCAUCGCGCCUCCACCGCCCCCACGCGUGCCACUAUGGGGAGCGGCCCGACCUGUGCGUGACACCUGGAGGGCGCGGCCUCAGUAUUAAAGGGGGAAGGAGGCCGCGGCGCCGGCCCCAGGCGCUAGCCCAGGCCAAAAGAAGCUCUCUCGUCCAGUCCGCAUAGCCGGCCGCUGGAAGGCCGCCCUCGGGGGUACGGCAGACACGAUGCUGAUGAGGGUGCCCUCCCUUCCCGAGCGGGGAGAGCUGGACUGUAACAUCUGCUACCGACCCUUCAACCUCGGGGGCCGCGCACCCCGUCGCCUGCCCGGUACGGCGCGUGCCCGCUGCGGACACACGCUGUGCACCGCCUGCCUGCGCGAGCUGGCUGCGCGAGGCGAAGGCGGCCGGACCGUGGUGCGCCUGCGCCGCAUGGUCACGUGCCCUUUCUGCCGGGCGCCCUCGUCGGUCCCGCGCGGCGGCGUCGCGGAGAUAGCAUUAGACUCGGGCUUGUGGUCACGAUUAGAGGAAAAGGCACAGGCUGAGCGUGAACGACACCAGACGGGGAGCCUGGCCAAGGAAAGCGGGGACGAUGAUGGAGAGGACGAUGACGCGAAAGUCGAGUGCGAGCAGGGGGCGGGACCUAGAAGUACCGGGUGGCGCGCGCUCCGGCGGAUUGUGGACAGGGUUCUGGCGCCCGUGCGCAGCUGGCGGCGUCCGUUGCCUAGCAAUGUGCUCUACUGUCCAGAGGUCAAGGACAUUGCCCACGUGACCCGCUGCACGCUGUAACCGAGGAACCUGGGAGUUAAGGCAGAAGGAAGGUGGGAGCAGCAGCCUUGCGCAUUAAUACAAAGGGCUGAUUGUCAAGACUACUUCCUCUGAUGCUGGAAUUGGUACCUGUGUGAUGGAGUUGUGCAAAAGGCAGACCACCUUAGGAAGGAGGUGUUACUUCUGAGCUACGGAGGUUUCUAGACGAACGUCCCAUCCACCGACUGUGCCAGCAUUAUAUUUUCAAGAUGGAGUGGCCCAGGAAUGAUAGAAGAAAAGCCUACCUUGUUGUGGGAAGAAAACAUAGGUUUUUAGGGGCUUUUGGCUUUUGUCCAGGGAGGCUGUGAUGUAAGCAACAGGUCCCAUUUUAGCAUUGUCAGUGGAGAUGAUUUUUUUUUUUUUUAAGGAACAACAGGAGAGAAGAGACUUUUAAUGUCAUGUCAGUCUCACUGAUCAGGUUAUGUACAGAUGGUGGUUUGCCAUCGUAGUUCUGUGUUCCAGAAAUUACUGAGAUGCCUCCUUGUCUAUGAUUGGGGGCCUUGCACACAGUCUCUCUCUUCAGCUUUGCUGGGGCAGGUUGAAAUUGUCCAAAGGGGCAUAUGUGAGACCUUAAGACUUAAUCAAGGGUAGGUGUGCCAUUUGUUAAAGGAAUCAAAAUUUAAACUUUUGAUAUUAUGUGUUGUCUUUACAUUCAGAUUCUUUAGCACUACUAAAAAAAGAUGCAUAAUUUUAAACUUGUGUCUCAUAAUGGGACAUCACUUAUUAUGUCAUAAGUUCUAUUUUAAAGUCCUGUAAAUAUCUUACAGUAGAAUCUAAUGUAUUGGUGUCACUAAGAGCUUGCUAGAAGUGCAGAAUUUAGAAUCCCACUCCACACUCCCUGAUUCAGACUGUAUUUUCACAAUUCCAGGUGAUCUGUGUGUAUAUAAAUUAAGAAGCACUGGUCUAGAUUGUAGACACUGAGGUGUCAUCACUCUGAGAUGUCAUCAUUUCUGGGUGGAACAUUUAAAACACAAAUGACACACUAUGAAGUUCUAAAGUGACAGUCUAUUGCUAAAGAAAACUAUGUUACAUUUUUCUGAGUUAAAAAUGUGAACUUGUAAUAGACCUCAAUUUUCAGGGGUCUCCAAGCUUGUGUUUAAUGGACAAAUAAUAAUGUAUCCACUUACCGAGCAUAAAUUUUCAUUUUUUUAAACCACAUUUUGUCAUUUUCCUAUCCUUAAGUUUCAGUGUCCCCUUUUGGGAGCCCAUGCCUACCUCUUGUAACAUGCCUUAUUUCCACUAUUUUCUAUAUAUGUGCUACUGAAGUGAACACUAUAUUUAUUUUCUGAUAGUUCAUGUUUUCUGAGUAUAAACUCCAAAGAACUAUUUCCAGAGCCAAUAGCAGUGUUAAUGUAUUAUAU